AUUUUGCUGAAAAAUAUAAAAAGCUAUUUUCGGAAGUCACUUCUAAAAAAGUUCGUAAAGCCUUUAAAGCGUCUCAAAUUAGUGGUGAAUUUUCUAGUACAGGGAUGCGUAAAUCUACAGAGUUAGAUAAGCUUUUGUAUUGUCAAUUUGAGAAUAUUGUUAAUAUUGUAAAGAGCCAGAGAGCCAAACUAUCUGAAAUGCAAAGAGACCAACAAAACAAUAGCAUUAUUAAACACAAUGAAGAUCUUCCAGUGAUUGAAAAGAAAUUACUUUAUGUGAGAAAAUCAUAUAAGUAUCUUUAUGAACAAUUGAAAAAGAAAUCAGAUUGCAGUUUAUAUAGAUUACUUAUUACUGGAAAAUCAGGAGUCAGAAAAUCAUAUUUCUUAAUAUACGUCUUAAUGCAACUUUUAUGUGAGGGAACAUUAGAAGAAAUAUUAUUUUGCCAGAAGUAUGUUUUUCCACUGGUGCCAGAAGAAACAGUAAUUAAUCUUUUCAAUAAAGCUGGUGAAGUACCUAGAUAUGUUUUACAGUAUAUUGAGUUAUCAAUAAAAGAUUUUCAAAAUAAUAUCGAAAAAGAAGAAGGACUGGAUGCUA